CAAUUCUUAACUUUUUGAAAUCGUUAUUUCAAAUUUCAAAAAUCCAUAAAAUUAAAAUAUUGUGGGUAAGUAUACAUGUUCUCUCACCAAAAGUAGAGUGAUUUAUUCCUACUAGUAUGCUAUUUUGAGUUUCUUACCUAUCAUACUCUUAUUCAUGAAGUUUGCUGAAACAAAGAUAAUUUUGGUCUGAUUAUUUAAUUUGGCAGCUGAUUUCUGCACUUCUUUACCCUGAGCUCUUAAUUCAGACCAAAAAUGAUUGAAGAAGCGUUACUUAAUGUGACUCUUCAGCUCCUAAUCAAGGAAUUGUUUGACAAAGUUGAUUCUCAAAUUCAAAAGGUUCUUGGAUUUGAACAUGAGUUUCAGAAGAUGAAGUCAGACCUUGAAUUUUUGCAAGCAUACCUCGGAGAUGUGGACAGGCACAAAGAGAAGUACAAGACUGUUGAGGCUGCCUCUACGAAACUAAGAGAACUGAUUUACAGAAUAGAUGAUUUGGUCAGUGACUGCCAAAACCGAGUAGAAUAUGAAAAUAUGAGAAGCAGAUUUUUGUCUGCUAUUUCUCUACGUGGAAAGAAUUUCCGUAUUCAGGUUGGAAAGAAGUUGGCAGAAAUCAAUACGGAUAUAGCGAGUAUGCGUGAAACUUUGAACUACAUUCCCUCUUUGAUUAGUCUAUGUAAAAGUGAAGAGGCUGGCAGUAGUGGUGGUGAUAGUAGUUGGGGUAGGGUGCGAUGGACAUCAGACAUCAUCGAUGAAUCUCAGACUGUUGGCUUAGCUGAAGAUACCAAGACACUGAAAAAGUGGAUCCUUCCUUGCAACGGAUCGUUACAACUCAUUGCCAUUGUGGGGAUGGGAGGUCUGGGCAAAACCACACUUGCCCAAAAGAUUUACAACGAUAGAGAAGUGUGUUCACGCUUUCACGUGAGAAUUUGGGUUUGUAAAUCAACUUUUGGUGAGCUUGAUAUCAUGAAGGGUAUUCUGGAGCAACUCAAAAUGGAUGAUCACAUUUCAUCAGAUAGAAAUGUGUUGUUGAAGAGAAUUCAUGAAGCACUUUCGAACAAAAAGUACUUAAUUGUCAUGGAUGAUGUCUGGAGCAUUGAUGACGGGUGGUGGAAACGGAUCUUAGAAGGACUUCCCAAAACAGAGAAGCAGGACAGCUGCAUCAUUGUUACAUCUAGAAAUGAAGAUGUUGUUAAGAGAAUGGGAGUCGAGGAAGAACAGAUUCAUCGACCCAAGUUGCUUUCUGAGAAAGAGGGCUGGUUGUUAUUUUGCAAGGUUGCAUUUGCGUCAUCCAAGGGAAAAUGCAAGGAUAUUGAACUAGAACAUGUUGGACAAGACAUUCUGAAGAAAUGUUGUGGUCUUCCCUUAGCAAUCAAGACAAUUGGAGGUCUGUUGUCAUCAAAAGGUCAGUUAUAUUCCGAGUGGAAGAAGGUAUAUGAAGAUUUGCCUCAUAUAUUGGCAGAUGAAAGCAAGAGCAAUGAUUCUUUAAUGGCUACGUUGCAACUAAGUUAUGAUGAGCUCCCUCUUCAGCAAAAGCAAUGUAUUCUAUGUUUUGCAAUUUAUCCGGAGGAUUAUGAGAUCGACGUUGAUCAACUGGCAAAUUGGUGGAUAGGAGAAGGAUUCAUUCACAAGAAAGGGACAAAAACUCCAAGAAAAAUGGCUCUUGAAUGUUUAUCAGAAUUGAUAAGUCGAUGCCUCGUUGAAGCUGUGAGUAAAAGAAACUAUGACGGGAGAGUUUACAGUUGCAAGAUGCAUGACAUGAUUCGAGAAAUGAUAAUUAGAGUUGCAAGAGAAGAGAGCUUUUGUAGUUUAGAUGAGAAUAAUACAAACAUAGCCACAAUCCACUCUCGCCGUUUGGGUGUCACAAAUGAAACAUUGCUGCAACCUUUGGAUGGAAACUCAAAGUUAAGGGCACUUCUUCUCACCAAAGCCAAUUACAUUGGCUUCACUAAGAAGAUUGCAUUGGCUCAAGUCAAGUCUCUCCGGGUUUUAGACCUCUCACACCUUAAGUUUAAGGAGAAUUCCGAAUUUUGUGAAGAUGAUAUUUGGCGUUGGAUCACAUCUUUGAAACGCCUAACCUAUUUGAGUUUUCGAGACGUGGAAAAUUUGACCAAACUGCCACGAUCCAUCAAGAAGCUAUGGGGCCUCCAAAUUUUGGUACUUGGUGAAUGCAUCAACUUAAAACAGCUCCCUAGAUCAAUCACCCUUCUUCCAAAGCUGGUUGUCUUGGAUGUGGGGAAUUGUACCUCUCUUUCUUAUCUACCACGCGGACUCUCCAAGCUCGUCCAUCUUCAAGAAUUGUAUGGCUUCAAGAUACCUGAUGCUACGGUAUCAAAUGCAUGUCACUUGCGUGACCUAAAGGAUCUUAGUGAACUUCGAGUAUUACAAUUGGAUGUCAUGGAAGGAAGCAUGAUAGAGGAAGACGAACUACCAGUACUCGCACAGUUUCAAUAUCUAAGGAUGCUAAUUGUCAAUGCUGGUGACCGUGACGAUGAGAUUUUCUUAGAGAGGCUGGAGAAGUUGUUACCACCUAAGUCUCUAGAAGAAUUGUACCUAAGGCACUUCUGUGGACAUACUACACCAGCAUGGAUAGCCCCUAAAUUGCUUGAUCGACUACAAUAUCUUUGUAUCGAAGACUCAUGUGUGUUACAACGUCUGAGUGAUCGUUUCAGGGGUAGUGAAGGAAAUAAAUGGAAAAUUGAAGGACUAUGCUUGAAAUACUUGCCAAAUCUAGAGGAGACAUGGGAAGAAAUCAAAAGUGCAAUGCCUGGGCUAAAGUAUGUUGAAGUAAGCCACUGCAACUCGCUGAAAUCGUUCUCGUGUAAUGUUAAGAAUAUAGACUUUUGGAGAAAACCAGAGGAAGAAGAUGAUGAUGAGAUGAAAUAAUCUGUUAGUAUAUAUUCAGUUUGUGGCAUUGUUUGCUGUUGUAUUACACUCUACUUAGUUUGAUGUAUUUCUCAUUUCACUUUUGAUUUGUAACAAUAUUUAUUGUAAUUAAGUAGCUUUAACUAUUGUGGUAUUCACUAUUCAGAAUAGUCAUAUGAAUAGCAAGUGUUGUAAUAACAUUUAAGAGUGAUUGUUUUGUAUAUGCUGCCAUUGAUAA